AGUAGCUGUGGCUGGUCACACUUUACAUGUCGUUCGCAAACAAAAUAGACUUUUAUCAUCAAUUUAUUGUCUAGAAUCUUUUGUAUUUAUUUGUUAUUUGUUAAUUUCUUGGUUGAGAUUGUUUAACAAGCAGAGAAACUGGAUUGAACCAUACAUAAUGAUGGACUCGGAUUCUUCCGGCGCAGACUUCUGCAGAUUCUGCCGUUCGGAAGCUUCGUCUGAUCGACCUUUAUUCCAUCCGUGUAUCUGCACGGGCUCAAUAAAAUGGAUACAUCAAGAGUGUCUAGUACAAUGGAUGCGAUACUCACGUAAAGAAAUCUGCGAAUUGUGCGGUCAUCGCUUUUCUUUUAUGCCCAUUUAUUCUCCCGAUAUGCCGCGUAGACUGCCUAUUCGGGACGUGGUUGGCGGUCUCGUGACUUCUGUGGCUUCAGCAGUUAAAGAUUGGCUGCAUUAUACUCUUGUUGCCAUCGCUUGGCUAGGUAUUGUUCCUCUGACAGCUUGUAGGACCUAUAGAUGUCUAUUCUCGGGUUCCCUGGACCCAGUGAUAUCUUUGCCAUUCGACAUUGUGUCAGCAGAAAACCUUGCUAAAGAUGUUUUCUCUGGUUGCUUUGUUGUGACAUGCACUUUGUUCUCAUUUAUUGGUCUUGUCUGGCUAAGGGAGCAAAUUAUGCACGGAGGAGGACCAGAUUGGAUGGAAAGAGAGAAUUUACCAGUGGCUCCACCUGAAGAUGCACCCUUACCUAAUAACAAUAAUGAACGUGCGAAUGAUGCAGCCGGAGAGGAUAUUGCUAGAGAUGAGAAUGGAGAAGGUGUAGAAGAUCCAUUAGUUGGUGAUGAAGCGAAUUGGAAUCCUAUGGAAUGGGAUCGUGCUGCGGCUGAAGAAUUAACAUGGGCUCGACUUUUGGGUUUAGAUGGGUCUAUGGUAUUUUUAGAACAUGUUUUCUGGGUAGUGUCACUGAAUACACUCUUCAUAGUGGUGUUUGCAUUUUGUCCUUACCACAUUGGAAGGUUGGGUGCGGCAUUAGCUGGAUUGACAGCUGAGGGUCCUUUUGCUGGCCCAUUGACUGCACUAGCUGGUUAUGUGUUGGUAGGAGCUAUUCUAGCAGUCUUUCAUGGAGUUGCUUCAUUAUUACGUCUUAGGAGUGCAAAAAAAGCACUGGGAUUUUGUUAUGUUGUAGUGAAAGUGGCCCUGCUCUCUGUUGUGGAGAUUGGAGUAAUCCCACUGGUAUGUGGUUGGUGGCUGGACCUAUGCUCCCUUUCGAUGUUUGAUGCUACACUCAAAGACCGUGAGGCGAGCCUCCAGGCUGCACCUUGGACUCUCAUGUUCAUUCACUGGCUAGUUGGAAUGGUCUAUGUUUAUUACUUUGCAUCAUUUAUUCUUCUACUGAGAGAGGUUCUGAGGCCAGGAGUAUUAUGGUUCUUGAAGAAUUUAAAUGACCCCGACUUCAGUCCUGUGCAGGAAAUGAUACACUUAUCCGUCUGGUCGCAUAUUCGCCGCCUUGUAGUCUCUGCUAUGAUUUUUGGCACUGCUGUUUUGUUCAUGCUAUGGCUGCCAAUCAGAGUAAUUAAGUAUGUGCUUCCUGGUUUCCUGCCGUACGCCGUCGCUGUCCACACUGAAGCACCUGUCAAUGAGUUGAGCUUAGAAUUACUUCUGUUACAGGUGAUCCUGCCGGCGUUGUUAGAGCAGUCGCACACGCGGACGUGGCUGAAGGCGGCGCUGCGCGCGUGGUGCGUGUGCGCGGCGGGCGUGCUGGGGCUGCGCUCGUACCUGCUGGGCGAGCUGCGCGAUCACCCACACCACGCGCCGCACCAGCCGCACCCGCCGCAUCCACCGCACCCGCCGCCGCUGCAGCUCGGCGCCGCGCACCAGGCGCUGAUGCGCCGCGACGGCCCGGCCGGCUACGAGCCAUACGUCCGCGCAGCGUGGUUCCCGCUGCGGCUCGCGGCGCUGCUCGCGCUUGUCGCCGCCUCCCUUGUACUGGCCAGUGCUAUGACGCUCGUAAUACCUGUUGCAAUUGGUAGAAAAGUUAUGGCUUUAUGGCUGCCUAAGGCAUCAGAAGGUGUACAUGAAUUGUACACUGCUGCUUGUGGCAUGUACGCAUGCUGGGCGCUGGGCCGCGGCGGCGGGCUGGCGGCGGGCUGGGCGCGCGGCGGCCGGGCUGCGCUGGCGUCCCGCGCCGCCCUGUGGGCGCGCCGGGCCGCGCGCGCCGCGCUCGCUGCGCUUGCCUUGCUGGGCCUCGUGCCGCUCAUGUUUGGCCUGCUGUUAGAACUGGUACUUGUAAUCCCACUUCGCGUGCCGCUAGAGCAGUCGCCCGUCCUGUUCAUAUGGCAGGACUGGGCGCUAGGCGUGCUCUAUACCAAGAUCGUGUGCGCGCUCACCAUGAUGGGCCCCGACUGGAGCAUGCGCCGCGCCAUCGAGAAGGCCUACCGUGACGGGAUCAGGGAGAUGGAUUUAAAGUUCAUACUGCGGUCGGUGGCGGCGCCGAUCGUGUGCUGGCUGGGGCUGGCGCUGGCCGUGCCGUACGCGUUCGCGCACAGCGUGGCGCCGCUGGUGGUGACGUCGGCGGCGCAGCGCAACCUGCUGGCGCGCCGCGUCUACCCCGCGCUCCUGCUCAUCGCCGUGCUGUGCGGCCUCACCACCUUCCAGAUACGGCAAUUCCGCAAGUUGUACGAGCACAUAAAGAACGACAAGUACCUAGUGGGACAACGGCUAGUCAACUACGACCACCGGCGGCACAAGCAGGCUAGCGCGGUUACCAACUAGAUACCAUCGGUUCAGGCACGUGAGAGAGGCUAAUUGUUAAAAGGCGGCGACUGAUCUGUAGUGCAUAGUAGACAAAAGAAGUGGCGACUAGGAGACAUUUGAAAAUUAACUUUAGCAAUUUGAGUAUACGGCUUAAAUGUAUAUAACUAAAUGGCUUGCCAAGUAAAGCGAUACCUUGCGAUUUUUUUCUUUUCCUCAAUUCCGUUCCUUUGGUUCGCACUGGUUUGGUUACUCGUAGCAUAAUAAAAUAUAAUGCUAUGCUAUGGCCAUAAUCUGCAAUUAUGGCCAUAGUGGGCCAUUACAAGUUACCAUCAUGUCAAAGCAUAAUCAUUGAUCUACAAUCUUAUUUUCUCUUCUAAAAUACAUGAGAAUUCAUGCAUUUAAUAUUGCAUGUGUCCACACAUUAGGCGAUCUCUCAUCCGGUACAAUUUACAGUGAGAAAUCGAUUGUAAAUAAAAUUCUCUUAAUAAAAAUAGACAAAUGUUAUGUGUACUGAAGUGUUAUGCUUCCAUAUGCAUUAUUAAUACAAAUGCCUGCACACGUAGAAGCGUGUGGGAACCACUAUAAAUUGAUCAUUAAGCCUACAUUCAGAAUAAAGUUUUGAUUAUAGUUCGUUUACGGUCCAAUUAUGGCCUAAUAAAAUAUUAUUUAUCACAUAAGAAAAUAUGUGUGUAUUCAUACUAUCUAUAACAGUCAAGUUUCAGAUAUGAUCAAAUUCGUGGUCAUAUUUACUUGACAAUAUUUUACCAGACUGAGAUUGGACAGAAAAUGAACCGUGAUCGACAUAGUAGAUAUAAGCCUAAAGGUUUAUUCCACACUAACUGAUAAGUUGUGAUGGUGGAAUGAUGCGACAAGUCAUAGUUUACGUUAUUUUAGUAAAUACUCGUUACGAAUGUUACAAUAAAAUGUCAGAUCAGUCGCUAGCUUAAGAGGCCUAACUAAUAAAGGCAACGUCACGAUCUCCAUACUUUUGUGGUUCUUUAUUAUUGUUUAAUACAGGGAUUUAUUGUUCACAAACUUAUUUGCAGUUACGUUAAAAUUGGUAAAUUUUCAUAACUGUAACAAUUUGUUAACGUCCCAUUUCUUGGUAUGCACGUUUAUUUAUAAAAAAGGGCUAUAAUAACCUCAUCUAUGGGGUCAGAAUGCUUUACGAAUAGCCUACUAUUAGCACGGUGUAGUUUUAUUAUAUAUAGUCUAUCUUCUCCAAUACUGUGCUUUAUUCCUUUAAUCGUCUCCUAUGUCGCUCUGAACCCAUAGACAAGAUACAAACGAAUCUAUCGAUAGAAUCGCUUCGGUCAGCAUUCACAUGAGAAAGAACAAGACAGCACAUGUCACCAUUUCAUUCUAUCUCAUGGACUUGUUAACUACAAUGAUUCUAUGAAUAGAUUCGUGUGUAUUAUAUAUUUGUUUUAAAGCGGUAACAUUGUAUACGUACUCUGUUACUAUACGAAAGAUAUUUAAUCAUGACAGAGUGCAUAUUUAGAAAUUUCAUAUUAAUAUUCUGUAUAAAGUAAAAAUAAUGAAAGACCGCAAAGUUUAGAGGUCUUGACGCUGUGAUAUUUAUUAGAGAGGAUCUUUGAAUGUUUAUGUAUUUAAUUAAAUCUUAUUAAUAAAAUGUUUAUAUUCGUAUUGUCGGCAAUCAGUACGUAAGUGAGGGGCAGUGAUAUUAUUGUUUGCACCCUUUUAAAUCAAUGUUACAAUGGUGUAUUCAAGUUUUCUUUUUUAUAUAUUAAUCCUUCCAAAUUGGGAGUCAAGUGUGAUGUGAUUUUCAGAUUAUUUAAUUUACAUAAAACUUUUAUUAACGAUUUUUUUUAAAUUUAAUAUAGGUUUAUAAGGGUGUACAAUUAACUGAAUAUGUGAUUUUAUUGUGUUUUUUUAAGAAUCAUAUUGACGGAGCGCUAUUAACUGGGCACCUUAUAGAUACAUAGUCUAUUGUUACCGUGUUCGGUAUAAUGAUUAUAUUUUCUUGUAUUUGUUGAAAAAAUAUAUGUUAAUUGACCAUUUUGGGUGCACCAAUAUACAUACAUUAGUAUAAAAUUUAUACGUAAGUUAUUAGCAAAAUACCAAACAUGAGAAUAUUAAAAAUUGCUAGACAGCUUUGCUUUAUUAUGUAUUACAGGAAUGCUAGUAAGAUUUUCUUUUAUUUAAUUAAUCCAUUGACUUUUCUUUUAAUAAUGAAGCAAUUACAGAGCAUGUAAAAAGAAAAAAAAAAUAAUGAAAUAAAUUCUUGCCAUUAUUUUAUUUAACGCACUGUUAUUUCGAUUAAAAGGUACGCCAAUAUUGUUUAUUAUGACUAACAAAAAAAAAAUUGCAGGUACUAUAUACAUUUAGUCCAAUAAAGCGUUUCAGAAAUAUUUAAGAUAUUGGUAAUCUGUACGCGUCCGUAAUCUGUAAUCUGUAAGUUGUCCCAGAUGUAAAUCGUCCGCCCAGUUAAUAGUAGUUCUGCCAACUCAAUGCUAUAUAGAAAUACUUAAUGAUUGAGUUUAAUCAAUAUAGUAUAUGUAUAGAAUGUUAUUGAGUCUUCUCAGCAAAUGGCGAUGGUAAUGUGACUUGUAGGUGGCAUGGAAAAAUUGUCUUAUGUAUUUUAUGUAAUUAUCUAAUAAUUAUAUUGCAACAGUAACAAGAAACUAAACAAAAAUGUUUGUAUUACUUUUUUUUAAGUAUUUUUAUUUAAUUAAAGUUUUUAUGAAUAUAUUGGAAUACAUUGGAACUUAUAGAAAAUAUAUGCACCUUAGAAAAAGAAAACACAAGUCCUAUGACCAAACGUGACAACUGUCGAUACGAUUUCUUUUUAAUUUUUUUUUUCUUUUAUUGUUAUAAUUCCUUAUAAAAGACAUUAAAGUGAGAAUCUACCGUGAAAAUGUAAGGUUUUGGUUUAUAAUAGAUUGGACAUUGUUCUUCACUAUUUGGAUCUAUUAUUAACAUAGUAAUGUCUUUUGUUUUCAUUCAUUGUCAUCGAUAUUGUAAGUACAAUUAUUUAUAUACAAAAACGGACUGUAUUUUUGUGAUGAAAAAUGAAACGAAAUACAACGUGUUUGUGAAUUUCACUAUUUAAGAAUUAUCACUUAAAUUUUCAUCAUUCAGGUGGAUCAUAUUAAUUAUAAUUUUAAAAAUUGUUAUCUUAUUUGAAAAAAUGUUUUUUUAGCCACUUCAAUAUUGAUUGACGAUAUGACUGUAAUAUUAGGUGAUCUGUUAUGCUUUUGUCUUACUUGUAAUUGAUUGAUUAAUUAUAAUAGUUAUACUUUAUAAGUGAAAAUAAUAAAAAAAUGUACUUCACAAAUCGAUUGUGUGUUUACUAUACGUAAACUAUUACGUUUGCGUAUAAUUAUUGCUAAAUUGCUAUUUACACUGUGUGUGAACGUUCCUUGUAAUAUAAUCGUAGGAAGAGAGACAGAUACUCUGUUGACGUUUCACUCACAUUGUGACCGUAAUCUUCGAUUGCGUAUUUAAUAAAAUAUAUAGUCAUGCAACACUAUAUUACAAUUAUUUAUACAUAAAGAAUAAUUGAAAUUCCAUUGCCUAGAAAUGCAUUUGAUUAUAAUUAAAAACGUUUUAUUUAGAUGAAUGAUUUAUUUUUUACUCCAACAUACACGUAAUUAUAAAAUACAAAAUAAAAAGCAUAAAACAAAACAGUAAAAUUAAAUGGUAAUCGUUUAAUUGCCGACGAUUUAAUGUCAUUUUUAUGUUGAUUCUAUACGACUAUCGUUUGAUUAACAAGUAUAUUUAGCAUUUUUUCGAGUCUGAUAGACACGUUAAAAUUUUGUACAAUACUGUACGAAUUUAGCUUGCCAAAUAUUGUGUAUUGUACUAAAAUUGAUGUCAACAUUGCUUUUUAUUUGCAAUAACUAUUUAAACACAUACAUAACAGAUGUGCGAAAUAACAAUGUUAAUAUUGUUAAAUUUAUAUUGCCUUAUCAGAUCGUAAUAAAUAUGUAUAACAUUAAACCCUUGUGAGAUAUACUAUCGAAAACCUUUGAAUAUUCUUUUAAAUUUCACAUUAUCGUUAAUUUCAGAUAAAGAAAUCUGUUAGCAGCCUGCUAGAUAAUAUUCAUAUAUGAUAUAUUACUUUUAAUAUUUAAUUUUUUUUAACAAAAAUGUCAUUAAAAAUAAACCUAGCCAAAAUGCCAACAUUCGGUGAUUUAUACAACUGUAUCUCACUUGAAUGGGAAAAUAUUAUUAUUAAAAACAAAAAUAAAAAACAAUAUAUCUAAUAAUUUAACUGUAAGAUUGUUUAUAUAGGCACAAAAAUAUAUAUAAUGUAAAACUUUUAAAAGAAAUUAUAAUUAUCUAAAAUUGAUUGAAUCAAUUUCAUAAAUGAAUUGGCUGAAAAGAAAAAUCUAAACCGUAUAGCUAUUUAAAGAAAAAAAAAAAACUUGAUAAAUAUUGUAUUUUUCGACAUAAUUUUGUUACGAAACAAUGAAUCAGGUAUGCAGGUAAGUGUAACAAAAUUAUUUAGGGUUGUACAAUAUACACUUGUAUAAACGAUUAUAUUUGAUGUUGUGGCACAAGCUGGCAGUUUAUUUACUUCAAAGUGACGCCAUGAGAGCUUUUCUAAUCAUGCGAUAAGAGUUUUAAAAUAAUUUCACUAAUUAUUCACUUAAUCACUUUUCAUAAUCGUAUCUUUAAAUUACUUAUUUUUAUAAAUAAAUAUACGUCACACACACAUAUAUAUAUAUAUAUAUAUAUAUAUAUAUAUGAUUUAAUAUUAAAACUACAAAGUAUAUUAUUGAACUAUUAUAGAUUCGCGUUUGGUUUUCCCAAAUCUGAUGGAAAAUGACUGCAAAACCUAAGAUUGAAACGCGCUUACUCAAAAGAUGAUUAUUCACUUUUGACGGAAAACAAAUAAGCAGGAAGCGUUUCACUUUUUUCUUGGGGGAAAUUGUUCAGUUUGGGCUUGGUAUAGACAUUACAACUAAUUCUGUAUCCAGGAGAUAGGUAUACAUUUUGAUUGGACAUUAUAAAUAAAUGCUAAGUUAUAACUGCUAUUUAAAAAAAUAUGGGUAUCCGGUGCGUUAAAUUGUAAUAGAUAAAUUUAAUUUUUAUUCGAUUACUUUAGACUUACUUGUUAAGUAGUUUUGUAAUUAUUUAUCGUAUGACUGCUCAAUCUUGUUUUUUACUAUUUUUUUUUUCUCUUAAGAAGUGAUCUGUACCAUUUUAAGAUCUUGUUAAUAUGAUAGUAUAUAAUUACAAGAGUAUGCAAUUUUUCACGAAUGCUACUUUAAUGUUAAAUGUGAAUCGAUCGAUUUAAUAAUGAUAUUUUAAUAUUGUGUUUAUUCGCACUUUCUUAUGUUUUAUAAUAUUAUAUAACAUCACUACGAAAUGGCGACUAACAUUUUCUAUAUUAUUUAUAAAUGUCAGUUAAUUUUUAUCUAUGUGUAUAUAUUACGUAUUUUGAAUAUAUGAACACAUUUAGGUAUUUAAUUGUAAUAAAUAUUUAACAUUUUUGUGAAAAAAAUAUUAUUAUAGGUCACUUGAAAUUUUGAUUUGAAGUUUCUUCUAAAUAGGGAGUUUCGAAAUAUGAUAAUUAGUUUAAUAUUAUUUUAUUAUAUUAUCUAGUUUAUUAUUGGGUAUAAAUAAGUUCCGCGACUUGCUAUUAUGAUUGUCCAAUGGUUUAAGUUUAUAUCGGAAGGACUUAGAAUAACUUUGAAUAUUAAUCAAGGCGAGCAUACAGAACCAUUAGUGGACUUUAGAUGUAGAUAGUAAGUAAUUUGUAAGCAAAUAAAUAAAUUAUUGAAA